AUGUUCGAGAUAAUAACUUUAAACGAUGUUAUUGAUAUUAAUGGUGGACACAUACUCAAUUAUCAGGCUGAGUUAACCAAAAAGAUCAGAGAGAAGUUUGAAUACAAACCUUUGAAGAAUUACGGGUUCUGUAUAAAAGUACUCGGAAUUAAAACAUCUGAUGGACACAUCCAAGAUGGAGAUAUUUUAUAUUCAGUCAUUAUUGAGAUCCUGAGUUUUCAGCCCUUCCAAUCCGAAUUAGUAUAUGGCACAAUAUUUAAAUCCUCAAAAGAGGGCUUGAAAAUUAAAUUCCUAGAAAACAAUAAUAAUGAUAAACAAUAUUUAGUUUGCUUUGUUCCCAAGGAUUAGUUAUUAAAUGCCAGAUUCGACGAAGGAAAGUAAUUAUGGAUAUGCAACUACGAGGAAAUCAACUUUUUUUAUUUGUUAGGAGAAGAGGUGCGAUUCAAAGUGCAUUCAUUAAAUUUCGACACAGUCGAUCAGAUGGAUUAGAUUAUUAUAGGAAGGAUGAAUGAGAGUGGAUUAGGUGGACUAACUUGGUGGGUUUGA